AUGCCGCUGGAUGGUGUGAAGAAUAUCAUUUUGGUCCUCUCCGGGAAAGGCGGCGUUGGCAAAUCCUCCGUCACCCUCCAACUCGCGCUCACUCUGAGCCUGCAAGGCCGCUCCGUGGGCAUUUUAGACGUCGAUUUGACCGGACCGUCUAUUCCUCGGCUUGUAGGAUUGGAAGACGCGAAAAUCACCCAGGCACCGGGCGGCUGGCUGCCCGUCACCGUCCACCCUGCGCGAACCACCUCCCCCAGCGACGGUUCGGAGAGCAAGCAACCCGCCGGUGAAAUUGGUGAUUCGAAUGGAUCCUCCAGCUCUACGACCGUCAAUAAUACACAAACGCCCAUAACUCCGCGCGGGUCUUUACGAUACCGCCCAUGGUGCGACAGUUCCUCACGGACGUCCUAUGGGGAGAGACGGGACUACCUUCUUAUCGACACGCCGCCGGGAACGAGCGACGAGCACAUCGCGCUGGCUGAACAGCUGCUCACAAUCCAGCAAGCUUCCGCGUCGCAUUCUUCAAGCGCUGCUUCCCCGGGACCGAGAUUGGCGGGGGCGGUGCUGGUCACGACUCCACAGGCGAUAUCAACUGCAGAUGUGCGCAAGGAGAUCAAUUUCUGUGUCAAAACGCGCAUUCCUAUCCUAGGCGUGAUUGAGAAUAUGUCUGGAUACACGUGUCCCUGUUGUGGAGAGGUGAGUAACGUUUUUUCUCGCGGGGGCGGGCAAGUGAUGGCGCAAGAGACCGGGGUGAGGUUUUUGGGCGCCGUACCGAUUGAUGUUGGGUUUGGUGAGAUGGUGGAGGGAUGGAAGGAAGACCUUGGUAAAGAAGACAGGGAAAAAGAAUCGAUGGGAGACGGGCAGGAUGCUGGCCAUCGUGUUAUUGAUGCUUUGCUGGUUGAUAGAUAUACAAAGUGCUGGUCUUUCUCGAUAUUUGAGGGCUUUGCUAAGAAGCUGGUCGAACUCGCUGAAGGUACUGAGUGA